GAAACUCUGUCUCAUGCUCGCUCACUGCCGUCACUCUCACAAAACGCUCUUACAUAUUAUGUGGCUAAUAUGUCCCAUAAAUAUAAUUCCUGAUUUUCUCCCACCUCUAUGCCUUUUAUCUCUCUCCCUCUCUUUAAUAUGGACUGAAAAUCAUAGAUUAUCCCAAAAAAACAAACAACAAACAUAGUGAAAGUCAACUGAUGCUCCACACAAGCCUAUUUUGGAAACUGAAAAGUCAUCGUCACUAAGAUUUUCAUCAAUAGACCAAAACUCCCCAUUCUCUUUUGUUUCUCUCCGGCAAAACAGGAUCUAACUCAUGAAAAUACUUUCAACUCUGCUGAUUUUGUUUUUGGCGUUGAUUGGUUGUAGCUCAUGGACAGUUUGGAGCAGCUCAACCUGCAAACAUAUAAACAUUAAUGAAGUUCGACCACACAGUGUCAGUAUUACCGAAUUUGGAGCCGUAGGCGAUGGGAUCACUCUCAAUACAAAGGCGUUUCGGAAUGCUAUCUUUUACCUAAAUUCAUAUGCCGACAAAGGUGGAGCCAAGCUUUUUGUCCCUGCUGGCCAGUGGUUAACUGGUAGUUUUGAUCUAAUCAGCCAUCUGACUUUGUCGUUAGACAAGGAUGCUGUAAUUCUCGGAUCAACGAACUUUGAAGAUUGGCCGGUUGUGGAUCCUCUACCAUCAUAUGGUAGGGGAAGGGAGUUGCCGGGAAAACGGCAUAGAAGCCUCAUUUACGGGCACAACUUAACUGAUGUUAUCAUAACAGGUAACAAUGGAACUAUAAACGGUCAAGGGAGUAUCUGGUGGGACAAAUUUCGUAACAAAACAUUGGACUACACACGCCCCCAUUUAGUCGAGUUAAUGAAUUCAACGGAGAUUCUUAUUUCAAAUUUAACCUUCUUGAAUUCACCAUUUUGGAAUAUUCAUCCGGUAUAUUGCAGACAUGUUAUAGUUCAGAAUGUCACAAUCCUAGCCCCUCUUAGUUCGCCAAAUACAGAUGGGAUUGAUCCAGAUUCUUCCAAUGAUGUAUGCAUCGAAGACUGCUAUAUAAGCACCGGGGAUGAUCUGAUUUCCAUCAAAAGUGGAUGGGAUGAAUAUGGAAUUGCAUUUGGUCGACCAAGUACAAACAUUAUCAUCCGCAGGCUCACUGGAAGGACAACGAGUGCCGGAAUCUCUAUAGGAAGUGAGAUGUCCGGAGGUGUUUCAGAAGUUCAUGCAGAAGAUAUUAACAUUUUCGAUUCACGUAGUGCAAUUAGAAUAAAAACUUCUCCAGGAAGAGGUGGUUACGUUAAAAAUGUUUAUAUUGCUAACAUGACAUUGGUUAACAUAGAUAUUGCAAUUAGGUUCUCUGGUUUAUACGGAGAGCAUCCAGAUGACGCGUAUGAUCCAGAUGCUCUACCUGUGAUAGAAAGGAUUACUAUCAAAGACGUGGUAGGGAAAAACAUCAAACGCGCGGGCCUUAUACAAGGUAUUAAAGGUGACAUGUUUGUCAAUAUUUGUCUAUCGAACAUUACUCUUAAUGUGAGCAAGAAAAAUCCAUGGAACUGCUCGAACGUAAAAGGAUACUCUGAAUUGGUUUCUCCGAAAGCUUGUGCGCAACUCAACGAAAGAAUAUUCCCCGAUCAUUUUUCAGACUGUUAUCAGUUAACAGAUCUCGUUAAGAGUUCGAGUAGUCGCAACAGUGCUGCUUGGUUGCUGUCUUGGUAGGUUAAAUUAUGCUACCAAAUUUCUCUUGUACCUGAAAUUUGUCAGAAUGAUAUCAAAUCUAUAGAUGAUUGUUUAUAGUACCUUGUGUGUAGUAACAAAUAAAUCAGUGAUUUAUCAGAAAUGUGAAUUGUAUGAUUUCACCU